AUGGCUCGUGAUGAUGCGGCCGCCUCGCCUUCUCCCACGCGUGGUCCUACGUGUGCUGGUGCUAAUAUGGCUCCUAGCAUUCCUCUUGCUGGUGCCGGUGUCGCGAUCAAUUCUGCUCUGAGAGGAGCGAGCAUCGCGGUUAAUGCAGCUCUCCGUAGGUCUGGUAUUGAUGGCGCGGACCGUGGUGCGGAUAGUGCUGCUCGUGGUGCUCAGCUUGGUGUUGAUAAUGCUGUUCGUGGUGCUCAGCUUGGUGUUGAUAAUGCUGUUCGCGGUGCUCAGCUUGGUGUUGAUAAUGCUGUUCGCGGUGCACAGCUUGGUGUUGAUAAUGCUGUUCGCGGUGCUCAGCUUGGUAUAAGUAAUGGUGCCAGAGGUGCUCAGCUUGGUGUUGAUAAUGCUGUUCGCGGUGCUCAGCUUGGUAUAAGUAAUGGUGCCAGAGGUGCUCAGCUUGGUGUUGAUAAUGCUGUUCGCGGUGCUCAGCUUGGUAUAAGUAAUGGUGCCAGAGGUGCUCAGCUUGGUGUUGAUAAUGCUGUUCGCGGUGCUCAGCUUGGUAUAAGUAAUGGUGCCAGAGGUGCUCAGCUUGGUGUUGAUAAUGCUGUUCGCGGUGCUCAGCUUGGUAUAAGUAAUGGUGCCAGAGGUGCUCAGCUUGGUGUUGAUAAUGCUGUUCGCGGUGCUCAGCUUGGUAUAAGUAAUGGUGCCAGGGGUGCUCAGCUUGGUGUUGAUAAUACUGCUAGUGGCUCUACGUCGAAUGUUGAUGUCGUUGAUUGCGGAGUGCAGUCUGGUCGCGACAGUGAUGGUUCAGCAACUGACAACAACAGUGCGAUGGAUGACUCUGUUACGUCCAGGGAAAUACAGGCAAGCGAACCUGAUUCCACAUCCACAGCAACUGCUGGUGACGCAACACAUUCUCAUCCUGACCCUCCCAGAGAGUCGUCCGUCAAGGGAGUUAGUCACGCUGCUGGUCGAGCCAUCCACGAUGCCGGUCAUGCUGGAGGUCGAGCUAUUCACGACAGUGUGCGCACCAUGUUCAGAGGUUCGCCUUAA